GGACAAGUUCACGGUCACGGUCUUUUUACUGUCGCACCGGUUUGGGGAACACGUUGUUGAAUUUUCUGCCAGCGAUAAUUAUCAACUACAAUGGGUUUCGGAGAUUUGAAGUCGAAAACUGGGCUUAAGGCUCUCGAUGACUACUUGGCCGACAAAAGUUACAUCGAAGGAUUCCAGCCCUCCCAGGCAGACACUGUGGUGUUCAAGGCCAUGUCUGGAGCUCCUGGGGCUGAGUUCUCGCAUGCCCUCCGCUGGUACAACCACAUCAAGUCAUAUGCAUCAGGUGUAGACAGCUUACCUGGUGUUGCCAAGCCCCUGGCCCAGUACGGUGGUAGUGGCGGUGCUGCUGCCGCUGCUGAUGAUAACGAGGACAGUGACUUUGGUGACGAUCUGUUCGGGGAUGAUGACGAUGGAGAUGAUGAGGAGACCAAGAGAAGACUGGCUGAGUACGCUGCCAAGAAGGAGAAAAAGCCGGUGCUGAUUGCCAAGAGCUCCAUCAUUCUGGACGUGAAGCCGUGGGAUGACGAGACCAACAUGGAGGAACUCGAGGCCAAGGUCCGCUCUGUAAAGACCGACGGGCUCCUGUGGGGAACUAGCAAACUGGUUGCUGUUGGUUACGGAAUCAAGAAGCUGCAGAUCAGCUGUGUUGUGGAGGAUGACAAGGUUGGCACAGACUUCCUGGAAGAGGAAAUCACAGCCUUUGAAUCCCACGUGCAGUCAGUGGAUGUUGUAGCGUUCAACAAGAUCUAAAGUGCUAAUAAAUUAUUUUGCUGUA